AUGCUGAUACGCAGGAACGUAUACAAGAAAGAAGUAACUAGUCUUGUACGACCACUGUACAGCUGUACUACUGAUAAUUACCUGCGAGAUGGAGAAAUCCUCUCGCUCCGUAGGGUGAUACUAACACCCUGGGGCCAGCAAGCCUGCGGGCAGAGGCUAAGGCACUUAGAGGAACAUCUGGAAUACCGAAGAUUGGAAAGCUAUUCUCUAAGCAGAUCGAAGAUGUUUAUUAAAGUGCAACUCGUCAUCUUCGUUCUAGGGAUCGCGCCUUUCAUAGCACUUGCUGAAGAAGCAAGCUCAGUUCUAGAAGGAGAAGAAAGUGCAACAAUUGAUUUCAGAGAAAGAAAUGACACAGAAUUUGAAGAAUUUACAACCCUAUUCUUGUAGUUGCCCACAAGACUACAGAGUGUAACCAAUCUCUUGCAGUUUGGACAGCUGAUGACCACAGAAAGCGCACUUGCCCCUGCUGAAGACAGCGACAAUUCCACUGGUUACGAAGCUAACACAGAAAAUGCCGAUGGUGGACCGAGUGGGGAACCAGAGAAAACUGAAAAAGGUGGUCUGGAAACAAUCGCCCUGGUGGGAAUCAUUAUUGGAAUCAUAGUUGCAGUUGGAAUCCUUGCAGGAAUAAUAAUCGCUGUUGUAAGGAAGAUGUCAGGCAGGUACUCGUAA